CAACAUUAAAUUUUUAUUCUUUUUACAGAUUGAAUAAAACAUCACUCCUCCUCUCUCUCUGCUUCUCACUUACACACAAUAUACACACAUAUAAAUAUAGAGUUAUAUGUGCCCGUGUGAUAUCAACAGCUGUAUCAAUCUCUCUCUUUGAACACACACAAAGUUCUCUCUCUUUUUCUUGGUUCACCAUGUCGUCGGAGAAACGUGUAGGCAUGGUCGAGAAAAGUAACAACAAGAGACAAAGAGUGAACCAAGUUCCCGUGUUCAGCAUCAACGACCACCACGACGUUCUUGUUGAAAUCCUCCGGCGACUAGACGGUUCAUCUCUCUGUUCAGCUGCAUGUGUGUGCCGUCUUUGGUCAGCCGUGGCUCGAAACGACUCUAUAUGGGAAGAGCUCUGUUUCCGACAAGUGUCACCACGACCAUCUUUGUCUCUUCGUUCCGUUGUGUCGGCUCUUGGUGGCUACCGAUGUCUCUACUUCCUCUGUAUCCGUCCCGUCCUGGCACGACUCCCUAAGCUUCUUUGGACACGAGACCAGCUUCAGCUCUCUCUGUCACUUUACUGUGUCCAUUACUACGAGCGCCUCUACGUCGGCGCGUGGCUUGGAGACGCGCCACCUUCGUCGCUUAUAUUUCUUCGGAAGCCCGUUAACGUUGUCUGAACCGGAACCGGAACCGGAACCGGAACCGGAACCGUAACCGGAACGGCCCUCUUUUUGUUUCUCGACGAUCAAUAAAUUAUUAGUAAUCUUGUAUUCUUUUUAAAAUUAAUUUUUUAUUCCGACUUUUAUGGUUACGAAAUUUCGAUUUCUUCAUUUCAUUACAAGGUUUCAUUAAUAAACGUGAUUUUUUUCCCACUCCUGUUUCUUUUUCUUCCCUAGUAGAUACUGCCAACGCGUAGCUGUUUUGUCUCUUCUACUUUUUUUUUUCUUUUUUUUUAUAAUCUUGGCCUUCACUAAUUUUCAUUGAUUAUGCCAUAUGUGUUUUUUUUUGUCCUUUUGGUUUAGUGUGAAAAUAUAUUAAAGAGCAAGUUAUUGACUCUUGGGGAGGUGACACUUUUUAAAAUGUAAAAUUAAAUGAUGUUCUAAUAAGAAAAAAAUGUAAUAUGAUGGGUUUUUUUU